UUGAAAUGAAGCCUCCAAGGGACUGCUACAAAAGUUAAGAGUCAAGUGUUUGCCAACAGUCAGUAGCAAUCGAACCAUCAGCGAAACAUGAAGAAUCGGUUUGUGAGUCUCUUUCUUAUCCUGGCUGGAUUGGCAGUUUCAGGAAUUCACUCAGCGGCUCUCGAUGGAGUUAUUGAUUUAUACAAGCUGUACGAUAAUCCAGAGGCUCAUGUCAGCCUCAAGGGAAAGUUGACAACGGCUGAUCGCAUUGCCUCCCAUGGAUAUCCUUCGGAACAUCAUUAUAUUCCUACCGAGGACGGCUAUGUUGUGGGUGCAUUCCGGAUCCCAUAUUCUCAUAAAUUGCAGAACCAAAACCAGAAACGACCCAUUGCGUUCCUUCAACAUGGACUAGGUAGCUGUUCUGAUGCCUGGAUUUUGCAAGGGCCUGAUAAUAGUCUUCCGUAUUUACUGGCUGAUGCUGGCUAUGAUGUCUGGAUGGGCAACGCUCGAGGCACCGCCUAUUCCAGAAACCACACGACUCUGUCUACCGAAAACCCCAAUUUCUGGAAAUUUAGUUGGCAUGAGAUCGCAGUCUACGAUAUAACCGCCAUUAUUGAUUAUGCCCUGAGCACGGAAAACGGCAAGGAUCAGGACUCCCUUCAUUAUGUAGGCCAUUCGCAGGGCACAACCGUGUACUUUGCCCUAAUGUCCUCGCUUCCGGAAUACAACGAAAAAAUAAAAACGGCUCAUAUGUUUGCCCCGGUGGCUAUAAUGAAGAACAUGGCCAAUCCUUUAGUGCGAGCCUUGGGUCCAUAUUUGGGCCACCAGGGCAUUUAUGCCACCCUCUUUGGUACCCAGGAGUUUCUGCCCCAUAAUGAUUUCGUCAUGUCCCUAUUUUUCAAUAUUUGCCAACCAGAUUUUUUGCUGCGCCCGGUUUGCGAAAACGCCAUGCAAACUCUCUAUUCAGGAGGUCGUGUUAAUAUGACAGCAAUGCCAGAUGCAAUGGCCACCCAUCCGGCAGGAUGUUCCACCGAUCAGAUGCUUCAUUAUCUUCAGGAGCAGCAGUCCGGAUAUUUCCGGCGAUUCGACUACGGAGCUAAAAAGAAUCUGCUAAUCUACGGGACCGAGGAGCCUGCAGAGUAUCCUGUCGAGCUAAUUACCUCAGCGGUGCACAUGUGGUACUCGGACAACGAUGCCAUGGCUGCCGUAGAGGAUGUUGAAAAAUUUGCAAGCCGACUGCCCAACAAGUUUAUGCACCACAUGUUGGACAAAAUGUGGACCCACGGGGACUACGCCCUCAACCGGGAGGUCCGAAAGUACGUCAAUGAGCCAGUGAUUGCCAUCAUGGAAGAGUACGAACAAAAGAACGGCGGCAUGUGAUGGAUUGCGUUCCUAAUCUCAAGGAGAAUAAAUGCCUAUUAUAAUCGGAUUUAUUUUAAGUUCAGUGAUAAGCUUAUCAAAAAAAUGUUUCAUGCGA